UACAGCGCACUCACCAGUAGCAGGACUAGCGCGCCGCGCGCACCAAUCCAGAUGAUCUCAGGGGUGCUUGAAAUUCAAAAUAAGAUCAGGUUCGAUGUGCUCUCUUCCCAUGCAUUUUGAGGUGAAGAGAUUGGAGCCUAACUAUUUCAACUUUAGCCGUAUCCUGCGUAUUCCAAAUACUUUUGACGCUAUCAUCCGAACAUGGUGACAAUGUUGUUUAGUCGAGUCUUGGCGUUUUUAGUAGCAUGCGGAUAUUGCAUUUUGGCCGAUGUAAGUUUUUCUAACUUCACUCUGGAUAACGAAGUGCACUCCAGCUUCAUCCAGCGGCGUCUGCGGAGUCAGGAGCGCAGAGAGAUGCAGCGGGAGAUCCUCUCCAUCCUAGGGCUGCCUCACCGGCCACGACCGCACAUCUACACUAAACAAAACGCAGCCCCGAUGUUUAUGAUGGAUUUGUACAACUCAAUUUCCACAAACGGAGAGCCAAAAAGUUACUCAUAUUAUAACCCUGCAUUUACGACCCAGGAACCACAAAUGAUAGCCCAACAAGACAGCCGCUUUCUGAAUGACGCGGAUAUGGUAAUGAGUUUUGUCAACCUUGUCCCUACCUCAGUGGAGCAGGACCAGGGCCCCCUGCCUCUGCAGCGCCGCAGGGAGUACCGCUUCGACCUGUCCCGCAUCCCGGAGGGAGAGGCCGUCACGGGGGCCGAGUUCCGCAUCUACAAGGACUACGUCCGAGAGCGCUUUGAGAACGAGACCUUCCGAGUCAGUGUGUUCCAGGUGCUGCAGGAGUCCCUCAGCAGUGAUGUGGAGCCAUUCCUGCUGGACUCGCGGGUAGUGUGGGCAGCUGAGCAGGGCUGGCUGGUGUUUGACAUCACAGCCACCAGUAACCACUGGGUGAUGAACCCCAAGCAGAACCUGGGCCUGCAGCUGCUGGUAGAGGGUGCUGACGGCCAGAGUGUGAACUUCCGGCUGGUGGGAUUGGUGGGCGGUACAGGGUCACACGACAAGCAGCCCUUCAUGGUGGCCUUCUUCAAAGCCACUGAAGUCCGCUUUCGCAGUGCCCGCUCUGCCCAUGGUCACAAGGGGCGGAACCGGUCCAAAACCCAGAAGACUGCCCAGGAUGCCUUGAAGGUCGCAGAGGCUGCUGCAGAGAACCUCAGCACGGAGCCCAAGCAGGGCUGUAAGAAGCAUGAGCUGUAUGUCAGUUUCAGGGACCUGGGGUGGCAGGAUUGGAUCAUUGCUCCAGAGGGCUAUGCAGCGUACUACUGCGAGGGUGAAUGUGCCUUCCCCCUCAACUCCUACAUGAACGCCACUAACCAUGCCAUUGUGCAGACUCUGGUACACUUUAUAAACCCAGAGACGGUGCCCAAGCCCUGCUGUGCUCCGACCCAGCUGCACGGGAUCUCAGUGCUUUACUUUGAUGACAGCUCCAACGUCAUCCUGAAGAAGUACCGCAACAUGGUGGUCAGAGCCUGCGGCUGCCACUGACGUCUGGCUUAUCUCCCACUUCCUGGGAUGCACUGGGACAGGAGGAAGGGGAGGGGCCAGGUGUAGGGACUUAGUCACUGCCUGAUCUGUAAGGACCUGCUGCUUCAGGGCUAACUGACCUCUCUUGUGAGCUUGACUAGGAACUGUCAUGUAUUGUAUAUCCACAAAUACUUUUUUCUUUUAUAACUAGAAAACAUAGAAAGAGGAACACUUACUGUGCCUUGGUCCACUGCAAGGACUUCCAGUGCCUGGGCUUUUACUUUUUUAUUUUUACAAAAUGGUGCAUUGGACAUUUGAAAAGAGAAAUGAAAAUCAUCAGUUAUGAACUGGAAGUUUGACAAGUACUGAAGCCCACAUUGUAGCCUGCGCCUGGAUGGGAAACCAUGUUUGGAACUUUGCAUCUGAUGUACUUUACAUGUCAAGUAGACAUGCAAUAUAUUUUUACGAACACA